AUGGAAGACAAUACUCGGCUGCCGGUCUGGGACCGAGUCGCUGGCGAGACGGGCGAGCUGUUGUCUCCAGUAUCAGAUGCUACAUCCGUAAAGGCUCGCACUCUCUCCGUCUACUCCGCAUACAGCCGCGGCCCUCCCAAGGAUUUCAAAGAACCCAUGCUCCAAUAUGACAUGGAGAGGCACAAAGGGAUCUAUCCUAGCGCGAGAUGCAUCCUGGUUGAGACGCUCAUCGACGACAUCCCCACGACAGAGUACUCUGUCUACAUCUUCAAUGAAGUUAAUGCAGCAGACAAGACCAAGCUCGACAUGUCAAAGCUUCCUGACUGGACCGAUGAAGAUGGACUGCAGAAUAUCUUCUUCCCUCACCACUCUACCGCUGCUCAGCCGGUGAACCACUACCACGCUGUUGUCGGUUCCGGAUUCCCCUAUCCGAACCUUGCUCAGAACGGUAGUACUACCGUCAAUCUUCGCAUCGGCCCUGGUGGCGUUGAACAUGAGUGGAAUCCCGACUUCGGCAUCUAUCCAAAAGACGUGUUUCCUUUUCAAGAGACAAACCGGAGUUAUCUAGUCGCCUACGGCGCCGCGACUUGCAUCAAGCUCAAAUUCGAAAUCGGGAAUGACAAGCACGAACCAGUCGUCUUCGGCCCAGAGGACAGCGUGGUCAAGGGUCGUGAAGUAAACCAGAUGUACUGGCAUGACACCGCUCGUGUUAUCAUCGGACAGCCGAACCACCCGUUCAAGAUCUCGCUCAACUUUCGCUUCGUCAAAACCCAACAUCCGGACCCUGAAGUUCCCCAUCAGACUGGUGUUCAGAUGUUCAGCAUACGCCGCAUCAGAGCAAAGACAGAGCCUGCCACUUCCUCCGUCAAGGGGAGGCUUGUGAAUACAUACACAUACACCAUCACACUCAUGAACCGUUAG